UAUUUUGGAGCCGCUAAAUGAUGAAGAUGAUUUUGAAGCAAGAACUCGAUCAUUAUCUUCUAUACACAUAAAAAUAACUAAGUAAAAUGUUAUUCGCCUUGCAAGAGUUGGUGAGAUGGUUAGGAUUGACCGUCUUUGAAAUGCUGGUUCAUCUUAUAGCUCUGUUGGUCUUCACUAUAUUCCUGGCACUUAGAUUGGAUGACAUUGCUUUUACAUCCACUUCACCGGGUUCUUAUGAUGUAUGGAUAGUGUUUUCACCUUUAUUUGUAGCCGAUGUACUGUGUACAUACUUUAAUGUCAUUGUACUGAUACGUCUGUACAUUGAAGGUCAUGUUAAGGAAGCUAUCGCAAGAACUGUAUGGUCAUCAGCCAUGCUUUUUGUUUGGUCAUUAUUUAAGGUGUUACUUUGUAGAAGACUUGCAGGGCUGUCAAAUCUGGAUUAUUCAGAAAUUAUGUCACCUAUUUUUCUUAUAUUACAACUGAUUGCCAUACGUGCAUGUCAAUUACAUUAAUAAUAUAAUAAAUAUGCCUAUGUAAAUAUUAAAUAAAUACAUUUUUUUAAGGGUG